AUGUCGACAUCUGAUCAUCCAGAGUCAGAUGGUCAGACGGAACGAGCCAAUCGUGUCCUCGAAGAGAUACUUCGAGGAUACGUACACUCCUUUAAGACUUGGAUUGAGUUCUUGCCAAUGGUAGAGUUUGCCAUUAACAACUCGGUGCAUGCGUCCACGACACAUACACCGUUUUACGUGAAUGGCUUGCGCCGUCCGCGGGUACCCACCUUACUAGAGUGUAACUCUGGUUUAAGGGGGGGAGAGACUCGCGCGAGCAAAAACCGAAUUGGUUCACGCUCAUCACGCUCUGACGAAGAGGUCACUGCGUUUGAUGCCGAUAACAUCGAUAUCGAAGAAGAUGGUGCCAGUGAGAGUGCGGAAGCCCUCACUGAAGAAAAGAUUGAUGUUGCUGCAGUGCACUCACAGCGCAAUGAAGCUAACGAGUCACCAGAUGAGUUCAUACUGGCUCGUGAAACGGUAGUCCGUUUUGUGCAAGACUCCAUCGCCGAAGCGGUGGAUAAGCAAAAGCAAAACGCUGACAAGAAUGGAAAAGCAAACACUCUUUUUUUAAUAAAGGUGACUUAG